UCCGCCAGAGGGCGCUGGUUUCCAAAGCAUGCCCCUUUGGCAUCUACAGACAGAAAGGACAAUGUAUUUGUUAGUAUGUGUUUGUCAGAGUCACAGAGGUCAUCAGAACCAGCACAACACAGCAGCAGUGAUUCAGAGCUGAACCGGGAGGAACAUUGUAAUAAAUAAUCGGAGAAGUUCGAGAAGCGUCAAGCGAAGAAGUCAAACAGGAACAAUAAGAGCUGAGUGUGGAUGACUCAUGCGGACUUUACUCGACGAGACGAACAAAGAUCUCCAGCAGUGCUGUCGCUUUACUCUGAUCUGACGGGGUUAUUCGUUUAAAAGUCCCGAGGAUCCGGAUCGCUCUCGUGAUGCAGUGAAGAUGGCAGGCGCUGGUAUUGAGUACAGGAAGAAUGCACUUAUCCCAUGUCGGCACCAACAAAAUCUGCUUCCUGCUUUCCCUGGCAUUUUGUGCCCUUCUGGUGCUCCUCAUUCCCUCCCUACAACCUCCGCAGCGUCAGACGGAUCUGCCCCAACCGCGGCCCCAAGCCAAGCCUGCCAGACACGACCUCUACGGGAACCCCGGCCAAGGAAGUCAUGGUGCCAAGGAUGGUAGUUUCAUUCACCCACUUCCUCCCGGAGGCCGACCCCAGGACCCGCAGAGGAUGUCAGAGGGGGACGCUGCGCACGCCAAUCCCCCCGGGUCCCGUUCCAAAGACUCUUUGGAUUUGAGAGACAUUUUUAUUGCCGUUAAGACCACCAGGAAAUAUCACAAGUCCAGACUGCAGCUCCUGUCCCAGACCUGGGUGUCCAAAGCCAAGGAACAGACGUUUAUCUUCACUGAUGGAGAGGAUAAGGAGCUCAAGCAGAAAGCAGGGCUCAACAUCAUCAACACCAACUGCUCCGCGGCGCACACGCGUCAAGCCCUGUGCUGCAAGAUGUCCGUGGAGUAUGACAAAUUCAUCGAGUCACAAAAAAAGUGGUUCUGUCACGUGGAUGAUGAUAACUAUGUGAUCCUGCCCAGUUUGCUGGAGCUGCUGUCGUCAUACUCUCACACACAGGACGUGUACUUGGGAAGACCCAGUCUGGACCACCCCAUCGAGGCCGCCGAGAGGGUCAAGAGCGACGGAUCGGUGUCAGUGAAGUUCUGGUUUGCCACUGGAGGAGCUGGAUUCUGCAUCAGCCGAGGCUUGGCGCUCAAAAUGAGUCCAUGGGCAAGUCUUGGAAACUUCAUUACAACUGCAGAGAAGAUCCGCCUCCCAGACGACUGUACAGUAGGCUACAUCAUCGAGGCCUUGCUGGAAGUUCCUCUGACACACACAGGCUUGUUUCACUCACACCUGGAGAAUCUCCAGAGACUUCCUACGGACAACAUACUCAAACAGGUGACCCUCAGUUAUGGUGGAUUCGAGAACAGGAGGAAUGUGGUCAGUGUCGGGGGAGUGUUCUCAUUGGCUGAAGACCCUUCACGGUUUAAAACGGUUCACUGCCUACUCUACCCAGACACUGAGUGGUGCCCACGCAAGACUCGUCACUGACCUCUGGGAUACGAGUGCCUCGUCACGGAGCAGAGACCUUCGCAAGCUCGACUUCCAUAAAACUCUUUAUACCAAAAUAAUACUGAGCUGGUUGGUGGUUUGCAAAGUGUUUUUUGGUACUUUCUAUGUUUAUAUGGUGAAACAGGGUGGCUGUAAUUUAUUGUUGUCCUGAAAUAUUGUGUUUUUGAGAAGUGCCAGCUGGUUUACUUAUACUGAGCGUUUGGGAAGGAUUGUGCUCUCUGUUAGAUUUACUGGGGGAUUUUUCGUUGGAAUGAUUCAAGCCUUUGACAUCAUCUUUAUAGAGUUGUCUUUUUCCUAAGGGUCAUAAAUAUGCCAGGUGCAAUCCUUAAAAUUUGUGUGCAAGAUGGACGAGAAAAACAGUAUUAAUGCAGUUUUAUAGUAUUUUGUUUCCAAGAUUUAUGCAACCACCAGCUCAUCUACUGCCAAUGCUUGCAGCUUGCGUUCUUAUUCAGAGUCUCGAGAUGUGCAGGCUAAAACUCCUGGAGGGAAAAUAUACAGACCAAAAGCAAUUGUUGCAACCAGUCCAAGUCUUGCUAAUUUAUCCAUUGCUUGCCAUUUAUAUUUAACAAACAUGACCGUUUAAAUGUGUUUUAUGUGCCGUUCAAAUGAUCCUUCUGAUAUUUGCACAAACACGUUCCUCACUGCAGGCCAGUGGUUUGCGUAAACAUGCCAAAACUACACUAACGGUGACAGACAUGUUGUAAAUGUGAUCUCCGAUGACACUACCAAAUGCUUUUUCAGUUGAAUGUCUUUGCACCUGUUUUUUUUUUUUUUUUUUUAUCUGAUGACUGAUAAUGUUGUAAAGUAUGAUUUUCAUUUUAAUAAAUUUAUUUAUUAUGCA